GGAGGGGGUGCUGUGGGUGGAGAAGUCAGGAGGGACCCCUCCCUCCCUUCUUGGUCUCUGGGGAGCCCUGUGGCUUCAGGUGAGGCUUGAAAGCCACUCCGUGAACGGUUCAUGGAAGUAGAAGAGAAUUCUGGCUCGAGUGAGGAUUCUUUGGUUAGCCUCUCUGCCAGCGACGUGCUCAUUCGCUCCACCAGCUUCCACAUGAAACGAGCACCCCUCCACUCUCGGGCAGCAGGAGGUGCUGGUGGCAAACCUGCUCCUUGCAUUCAAGAAAGGAUCCGGAUUUCAGUGAAGAAGCUUCGGGAAGUGUCUCCUCCCUGCAGUCCAGAAGGUACCACUUUGGUUGGUGAGGAAAACAUUCCACCAGCCUUACCAGCAAACAGAUCUGCACCUCAAAAGCCAACUGCUGCAACUUCUAAAAGUACAACAGAAGGUGCUGUCUGCACACACGGUGGCAGAAAUUUGGAGCCACUGUCCUCAGGUGAAAAAGAGGUUUAUUCAUGUGAAGCUGUAAUAGGAAAUAAGCAAAAAGCAACCGACAUUUUUAUAUCCCAGUAUGACCCUGGACAAAAGGAGGCUGUAAGAGCUGUAUUCAAGCAGAGAAUCCAGAAUGUUCCUGUGUGUAAAGAGGUGAAGGUGCAGCUCCUCGAUAGCGUUUGCCCGGACCAGAAGAACAGCGCCAAGUCUACGCACAGUGAGAUGGAUUCGGCAACCACCAUUGCAGCGGCAACGGCAGCAGCCAUUGCUUCUGCUGCUCCACUGCUCAAAGUCCAGAGCGACUUGGAAGCCAAAGUGAACUCGGUUUCUGAAAUGCUGAGUAAGCUACAGGAAACGGACAAGCAGCUGCAGCAUGUGGUGGAGCAGCAGGCCAACUUGAAGGCCCAGCAGCUGGAGAAGCCCCCCUGUCACCAGAGAGUUGGCGAGCUUGAGAAACAGCUGAAUCUGUUCAUGGAACAACGGAUCCAACAUCUGGAAACACUGCAACAGCAGCAAAUGAAUAUUCAGUCCCAUUUAAUCAACUCAGCACUGAACUCGGGUGGCUUUCAAGCUGUCGAUGUCCCACCUUUGAAAACAGAAACAACACUUGCAGUGAAUACAGGGAAGCCACCCCCCAACCCGAUAGCUCCUCAUCAGCAGGAUUUAUUCUCCGCUGCCCCAAUGAACACCCAAGCCUCUUCACGGCAGUUUGGAAACCACGGUGGUCGGAGGCAAAAAUCCCCUCUGAAGAUACCAGCGCCACGGCGAUAUGCUCCUGUGCCGGUUUCUAAAGAUGCUAAAAUUUCUCACAAAAUGGCAAAGCGAGAGCAACCAGUUGGAGAAAAAGAAAACAUGCUCAAGUCACCUUAUAAAGAGACUCAAGGUGGAGGGGGACUUCUGGAGCAGAUCCUGAAUUCUCAGGCAUCCCCGUUCGGACAGAAUGCAUCUUCUUGGAAGGAGCCACCCAUUCGCACUAAAAUGCCAUGGCAUUUGGAAAGAGAGCGACCGGACGCCCUCAAGACUGAGCCCUUCCCUAUAUUUAAAAACCCAGUUGAGGAUUUCAAUCCGGUCGAGAGAACGGUGAGGAAAGCUGACGAUGUGCUUCGGGAUCUCGGGCAACUGAGGAGGGACAUGCAGGACAUUCUGCAGGAAGCAAAGGAAUGGAAAUCGGACAUGCAUGGUUUUAUGAAGCAAAAAGACCAGGUUCCCCCUAGACCCACUGAAGCUCAGCCUCUUCCCAAGCCAUCCAUUCUUGAGACAGCCAAGGCUCCCAAGUCUAUACUGCAGGAUGCCGAAAAGAUUCUGCGAGUGGUGCGCAAGAAUAAGAAGGUUCUUGAAGAAAACCUGGAAGCCAUUAUUCGGGCAAAGGAUGGCAGCGCCUUGCACUCUUUCAUCGAUGCUUUGACUGCGAACAGAAAUGUACUAGAGGAGAUACGGAUCAGAAAGACUGUAGACGAAUGGAUCAAAACAAUCAGCUUGGAAAUCCAGGAUGAAAUGGCAAGGAAGGGCUGGGAGCAAGACAGAAAUGACGAUGCGCGCCAGAAGGGUUUCGGUCUCAAGGCCAAGCAGACUGUCAAGCAGGCGAAGGCCAGCAGAGAAAUGAAACCACAGUCUCGGUAUCCCCAAGGAAGCACAGCCAAACGGCCCUUGCCUGCUGCGAGGCCCUCUCAGAAGCCUUCACACAAUGUGCUUCUGAAAACGAGCACAGCAGUUCCAAAUGAAGGGUAUCUCUCUCAGAUUUAUGGGAGACCAAUUUACCAGGGUCACAGGAGCACACUUAAGAAAUCUCCGUAUCUGAGGAUCAAUUCUCCGCCUCCCAAGUUAAAACCUCCAAGACCUAAAUUAAUUGAAAGUGUUAGAGGUACCAAAGUCAAAUCAGCGAAGACGCAGACAGGUCCCUGUGUACACAGCAAAGCCACUAGCCCUAAAAAGCCUCGUCCACGUUCUGCUCCUGGCCGGGAACUCCAGUUUCUCUUCAGCCCCAUCAGAGAGGCACCCGAUGCCUCUGGUCCUCUAGAAGGCCAUCUCAUUCCAAUGGCUGUUCCAUUAGGUCAGAAACAAAGCAGCAGCGUCUCACCCGAACCCGCAGGAAUAAUCAUCGGCCAAUUCCACCCUGUUACAGUGACAACCUCCAUUCCUCCUGCUCCCCCAAAGCUGCAGCCAAGUGUGCAAAAGCCAAAUAUUGCCGUAAUAGAGAUGAAAUCGGAGAAGAGGGAUCCUCCCAAGCUCGCAGUGCAGGUGCUCCCGAACGUUGACAUCGAUAGCGUUUCAAGCGGCAGCCCAAGUGGAAACCAGAUCCCUUCCAUGCCCCUUCCUACCAAGGCACUGAUGCAGACCACUCCAGAGGACAGCUGGCACCAGGAAGACGAACUCAGGCUUCCUGGCACCGACUUCGCUGAGGUUACGGAUGUCACUCAGGAUGAAGGGGACGGGGACGACGAAGGGAUUCCGGGAUUCUUGGAACCGUUUCUGGAGUUCAACAGGCGAAGUGAGACGGGGUCUCCGCAGUACAGCGGCCCGCCAUUCCCACCAGUGGCUCCUGCUCCUCACCCCUCGGUAGACAUUCUGGACGAAAUAAUAGAAACACGGGAAACUUUGGAAAACAAGCUGGUUAGUUGGGUGGAGCAAGAGGUAAUGGCUCGAGUAAUCAGCGGGAUGUACCCAGCCCAGAAGCAGGCGGUGCCCAAUGUCGAUUCUUUGGACAGUGAGGAGAGCCAGGCGGCAUUCUCAGACAUUGUGGAAGCAGCAGGCCCGGAAGGGUUUCAGCUCUUUGUUAGCGCCGGCGUCCCUGUGAAUUCAGAAAUGAUCCGACGUUUUGUGAGCGAAGCUCUUGCUGAGACGGUUGCUGUCAUGCUGGGUGACAGAGAAGGCCCGAAACCAGCUUCCAUCGCAGGCAUGCCUUCAGACGCGACUCUUUUGCCCACGAAGGACCCUGUGUUAGCGACUCCAUUGGUUACCCCGCAAGCCACACCACCUCCAUCUCCCGCACCUCUACAAGAACCGUCGCCAGUGAGAACACCAGAGCCCUCUCCCCCUGUUACCGAAAUCGACGGCGGGGUCAGUGAACGGCAGCUGACAGCAGCAGCAGAAUCUGACGCAGCGGCUCUCAGCCCAGUUUGCACCCCUGUUGCUACUCCAGUGGCUUCGCCGCCUGGAGUGGCCACGCCAAGCCCGCCUGUGUCCGAACAUGCCCCUGGCAGAGAAGUGACAGGAAGCCAGCAACCUCCAAAUGCAUGGGGGGAUGUCGAGCUGCCUCUGGAGGAAGAGAAGCCCAGCCCACGGAGUGAAGAAGAGGGCUAUCCCUCAAGAGCAGUCAUAAUGUCCGUGGCCAAAGAUGAAGAACCAGAGAAUUUGGUGCUGCCGCCUCCUCUUGAGCCCAUUCCACCUCUUGAGCCACUUCUUCAGGAACCCCCAGUCCCAUCUUCUCCAGUACACACGCUUAGUUCUGGCCCGUCAACGGAGGAGAGCAGUCUAACGAUCACGGAAACGGAGACCGCAGACAGGCCAAUCUCAGAAGGAGAAGUGCUCUUUAGUUAUGGACAACUGGUAGCUGUGAGAGCGUUAGCAGAGGACGGACUCUGUCUUCCAAACCUCAGCGACAGCUUGGCCAGCACCCUUCAUGAUGCCCAUGAAAUGGAUUACGAUCCUCCCAGUGAAGGGCAGGUGGUGCUCAGACCCCAUAAAGGCUACCACCGAGACCCAGUCCUGUCCCUCUUCUCCAAACUCAACCAAGCACCACUCGCUUCCCAAGAAGAGAUCUGUCGUUCUGAGGACACUGACAAUAGUGCUGGGGAGCUUAGUGAGGGCCAGAGACCCAGGCUGACCAGAGCUGCAGAGAGUAUCCUCAUGGGGCGAUCUGUUUAUAUGGACCGGCUUUCUGAGCAGCAGCUUCGGCAGGCACCAUCGCCAGGACAGUUGGACAGAGCUGCAGGAGAAGCCGUGGGAGAUGGUGACGUAACCCGUGGGCCAAUGAGGUUGGCUGAGCUAGAGCGUCCUGUUUCUUCCACCGUACAGGCAGAUAACAAGCUGACAUCUCAGCUGCAUGAUGCCUCCCAGAAACAGCACAAUGAGGUUGUGCAUCCGAGAACGGUGCAACCCCGAGUGAUCCAAGUGAGAGCCCAGUCCGAAAUCGCGCAACAGCAAGGCUUCCAGAGCGAUGCGGAUCGAACGCACGUUGAGCCCAACACCUACCUCACAUCGUUACUUGCAGAGAGGGGAAAUGUGCCCCAUCUAAGUUCCCGGCCUGCACCAGCAAAGAUGUCCGUGACGGUGCCGUCUGCGAACGCGGAGAGCCAGCAAAGCUUCAGUUCCGUCCAUGGGAGUUCAGACUCUUCGGGGGCAGAUACAUUUUGAUGUGUGCGUCGUGCGCAUAAAAGCCCACGAGGAAAGUGGGAGUGCUGACAGAUGUUUGGAAAUAAUAUCAGGGACAAACAUUCGGUGUAGACAUGGCAUUGACCAGAUGUUUUGCUUUGGCAACUGAAACUGCUUGCUUCACCACGAUCAUUUUUUAAAAUGUUUUAAACGUGUGAAUGUGUGUGCUGUUUUUUAACAAAUAAAAUAUUUUGUUUUAGAAGA